AUUCCAGAUUAUUUGAUGUAUUCAACAAUAUUUGGAUCAGAAAAAAAUCCCAAAAUAUCUUGUCCAAGAAUUGAUUUUUAUAAUUGGACAGGACCUCUUCAGUGGUUUAAGAAUUGCAAAGCUCUCCAAGAACCAAAGUACAGGACACAUAAGUCAUUUCUGAUCAUUGACAAUGUGAGGAGGGAUGAUGAAGGUGAUUACACAUGUAAAUUUAUACACACUGAAAAUGGAGUUGAUUAUAAUGUGACUGCUACCAGAUCAUUCAAAGUUGCAGAUCAAAACAGCUUCUCAAUGUUUCCAGUAAUUAUAGCCCCUCCAUACAAUGAAACAAAGGAAGUGGAAAUUGGAGAAACAGUAAACCUCACCUGUUUUGCUUGCUUUGGGAAAGGCGCUCAGGUUUUGGCUGCUGUCUUGUGGCAGGUUAACAAAACAAAAGUUGAGGACUUUGGUGAGGCAAGAAUUCAAAAGGAUGAAGGGCAAAAUCAAAGUUCCAGUGAUGAGCUGACUUGUCUAAACUCGACUUUGAGAAUAACUGAUGUGCAGGAAGAGGAUCUGUCCUGGGAGUAUGACUGUCUAGCCCUGAACUUGCAUGGUGUGUUGAGGCACACCAUGAGACUGAGAAGAAAAAAGCCAAUUGACCAGCAAAGCAUCUACUACAUAGCUUCAGGAUGUAGUUUACUGUUAAUACUUGUCAGUAUAUUGGUGAUGCUAUUAAAAGUAUUCUGGAUUGAGUUUUCUCUAUUCUGGAGAGAUAUAGCGCUGCCUUACAAAAUUAGAAAUGAUGGAAAACUCUAUGAUGCUUAUGUGAUAUAUCCACGGAACUUCAAAAGCAGUAUAGAGAGAGCCAGUUCUGUGGAGUUCUUUGUUCACCAUAUUUUGCCUGAUGUUCUUGAAAAUAAAUGUGGAUACAAAUUGUGCAUUUAUGGGAGAGAUAUGCUACCUGGAGAAGAUGCAGUCACUGCUGUGGAAACCAGCAUCCAGAAGAGCAGGAGGCACAUGUUUAUCCUGACUCAUCACAUGAUGCACAGCAAGGAGUUUGCCUAUGAGCAGGAGAUCGCCUUGCACAGUGCCCUUAUCCAUAAUGACUCCAAGGUGAUUCUUAUUGAAAUGGAGGCGCUGGGUGAGCCAGGAGGACUGCCACUUGAGUGCUUUCAAGAUUCUCUCAAGCACCUUGUGAAAAUGCAGGGGACCAUCAAGUGGAGGCAAGAUCAUGUGGCCAACAAAAGGUCUCUGGGUUCCAAAUUCUGGAAGCAUGUGAGGUAUCAAAUGCCAGUGCCAAGCAAAAUGACUUCUGGUGUGGCUCCAUUGAAUGCCCAGGCCCACUGGGCUUACUUUCUGCAACUGGAAAAUGAGAGUCUGAAGAUGGACCCUGGGGGCUGGGCAGCACUUGACAUUUGCCAGCUGCACAGCAAAAUCAAUACUGCUAGAACUUGGGCUCUGCAGCAGAACUUUUUCUAUCUUCAUGAUUUUCCAUCCCCGCCACCCCCUCCUCCCCGCCGAGGCCUAGAUCUCCUGAUCCUAGCACUGCAACCUUUGAACCCUGUUCAGCUUUGGCUCCUGGAGGCUUGGGGAGUUUGUACUUCUGCAGUCCCUUGGGGUUCAGGUGUCCUCACUGCACUGGGGUUCGUAGCGCCCUGCAGCCUCAAGGGUGCGCUCUGGCCACCUCCCGACCUCGAGGGUGGCCUUUUGCGAGUUCCCAGCCAGAGACCACAGCCAGACAAGGACGCGCCCCGGGAUUUUCCACCUGUGCCUUUCGCCCCCGCCAUCCUCAGCUCGUGGGUGGGGCACUUGCGGGUCUGA